AUGCAGCACUCGCGAAGCAAAGAGCACAAUGCAGUGCGACCUUAUCCCACCACCACCCAGACAGAGAUGGAGACGAGCAAUCUCUUCACGCAUCGCAUCAUCGCUGUCUAUUUUUCUAUUUUUGCAUACCCCCAUCUAUUGAGCAGGGCACCCACAUCCCUCGCUGUAUUUGACCUUUCCCCCCCUUCAUCUUUCAUUCGACUCAAGAGAGCCGGUUCCAUUAAGGCGUCCGUCUCCCCUUACAGGAAGCAUUUCGUGGAACGGGGUAUUUCUCUUCGCAACAAAGGCGCACGGUCUAGACUACUUAGAGAGACUCUGUGGCUUUCCUGUUUCUUUGGCAUCAUACUACUACCUUGA